GCGGCAUCAAAAAUCGCAAUAUUGAUGGACAUCAGCGGCGGCGGGCGAUGAAAGGAGGAGGCCGGGCCUUUGUGAUUGGGAAAUGCUCUGAAAGACCGGGAGUUUGUGCGGCGGUCGUAAAGGAGAAAAUGCCAUCGUGUUGACACACGGAGACUUGCCGGCUGGGCGCACGCGACAAGGUGGCACGCGCUGUGUGUGAUAGCUGUUAAAGCUCCUAAGGCAAAGUGGCAAGCGCGUUUAUUUUGAUUCCACUUUAAGGGCUCCAAACUACAAACGAGUACACGACGUCCGACGAGCCCGACACUGACAGGUCUGUGGGUCAAGUCCUGACGGAGUACCACUCAUGAUUCUGCUCAGCCGGCAGGGAUAAGUUACACAGAGUCCUCUUCACAGCAGCGCCUCGGUCUCUCUUAUAAUUGCCAUUAGUCUUAUUAACAUUCAAGUGGUCACUUUUGAAAAUUCACCACAAAGCAAGACGCGAUGUAAAGUAAUAAACCCAGCCGUCACACUCGAUAGCUGCUCCAGUGCCUGACGGUCUAGCAAGGAACUGUUGGCGGGACGCGCCUUGAAGGACCGCAGAAUGGGGUCCGAGUCGGUGAAGGUUAUCGUCCGGUGUCGCCCGCUCAAUGAGCGGGAGAAGUCCCUGAACUGUAAGAUCGUGGUCAGUAUGGACAGCGCCAGAUGCCAGUGCUUCAUUCAGAAACCUGGCGCAAGCGAGGAGCCUCCCAAGCAGUUCACUUUUGAUGGCACCUACUUCGUGGAGGACCAGACGGAGCAGAUGUACAACGAGGUCGCCUACCCCCUGGUGGAGGGUGUUACUCAGGGUUACAAUGGGACCAUCUUUGCCUACGGGCAGACCGGCAGUGGCAAAUCCUUCACCAUGCAGGGCAUCCCGUCUCCCUCCAGCCAGCGAGGUGUCAUCCCCCGAGCGUUUGAACACAUCUUCGAGAGCAUUCAGUGUGCUGAGAACACCAAGUUUCUGGUGAGAGCAUCCUACCUGGAGAUCUACAAUGAAGAGAUCCGUGACCUGCUGGGACAGGACACCAAACAGAAGCUGGAGCUGAAGGAGCACCCGGAGCAGGGCGUGUAUGUGCGAGGGCUGUCGCAUCACACCGUCCACAGUGUGAGGGAGUGCGAGGUCAUUAUGGAGCAGGGCUGGAAGAAUCGCUCAGUGGGCUACACCCUGAUGAACAAGGACUCGUCGCGAUCCCACUCCAUUUUCACAGUCCACCUGGAGAUCUGCAGCACGGACCCCUCAGGAAAGGAUCACUUGCGGGCAGGAAAACUCAACCUUGUGGAUCUGGCGGGCAGUGAGCGCCAAUCUAAGACUGGUGCCACCGGGGAGCGGCUGCGCGAGGCCACUAAGAUCAACCUGUCUCUGUCAGCCUUGGGCAACGUCAUCUCCGCCCUGGUGGAUGGCCACUCACGCCAUGUGCCCUACAGAGACUCCAAGCUCACCCGGCUCCUGCAGGAUUCCCUGGGUGGCAACACUCGCACCUUAAUGGUGGGCUGCCUGUCUCCAGCAGACAACAACUAUGAGGAGAGCCUGAGCACACUCCGCUAUGCUAACCGUGCCAAGAGCAUCCAGAACAAGCCUCGCGUCAAUGAGGACCCCAAAGAUGCCCUGCUGCGGGAGUACCAGGAGGAGAUCAAGAAACUGCGGGCACUGCUGUCAGGGCAGCUUGGAGACGGCACUCUUGCUGCUUUGCCCAGCCAGGUCAUUGGAGCGGCACCAACGGGACCACCUCAAGAGGCUCUGUCUGUGGACCUGGAGGCAGAGCGUGAGUGCAUACGGCAGGAGUAUGAAAAGAAGUUGUCUCGCAUGCAGGCCGAGUAUGAGGCGGAGCAGGAGUCCAAGGUGAAGCUUCAGGAGGAAAUGGCUUCCCUGCAGCGUUCCUAUGAGAAGAAGUUGUCCCAGCUGGAAGAUCGCUACAUUAUGGGUAAAGAUACUUCUGCCCCUGAGCCGGAGCUGCCACCCCGUCCAGGCACUGCAGCACCUACUGAAGUCACAGGCGUGGAGCAGGCUUUGGGCAGGCUGCUGGUGGAACAGCACAUCAAGGGUGGUCACAAGGACGUGGCAGACAUUGGCCCGGAACAGCAGCAGGUCCUGCAAAGGCUGCAGAUGCUGGAGCAGGAGGUGGUGGGUGGCGAGCAGGCCUCCAACACAGAGCUACAGCAGAGGCAUCGGCAGCGGCAGACCCUCGCCGACAAGCGUAAGCAGAACCUGCUGGAUGCGUUAGCUGAGGAGUCAGAGGCUGGCAACGAUGUGCUUCUCAGUGUCUAUGACUCCAUCCAGGGGGAGCUGCACGCCAAGAACAGGCAGCUGGAGGCCACCCAGACGAAGCUGAAGGCAGCACAGAUCGAAAUCUCUGACCUGCAGUCCGAGUUCCAGUUCGAGCGGAUUGACUACUUGGCCACCAUCCGCCGGUUGGAGCGGGAAGUGCAGCUCUCACAGCAGAUUCUGGAGCGGGUGCAGCCCCUCAUCCGGCGUGACUGCAACUACAGCAGCAUUGAUCGCAUCCGCAGCGAGUCGGUGUGGGACGAGGAGAGUGCCACCUGGAGGCUUCCAGAGGCUAUGGUGCAGAAGACUACUCUGCCAGCGGCGGUCUCAACUCUGGCACAAGGAAAGCAGUCAGGACGGCGAACGUCAUCUGCAGAGAGUGGGGAGCUCCUGGUGGAAGAAGACCGCUACAAGCAGAUGCUGAACCGCAGCGAUAGCGAGAACAUCGCCAGCAACUACUUCCGCCCCCGACGCGCCUCACAGAUUCUGAAUUCUGACCCCAUGAAGAGCCUCACUCUUGCCACAUUUCACAACAAUGGACUUCACCACUUGACUUCUAGCGGCAACAGCAUCUCUCCAACCUCCACUGCAGAUGGUGUGCCACUUCGGCCCUACCGCCUGGAGUCCCUUGAGUUGCCCCCUCCUGGAUCCAAAACCAAGCGAAAGAAGAGCAGAGGCAACAUCCAUAUGGAUGGAUUCUGACCAGCAAAAGGCCCAAAAGGAAAAGCCAAGUUGCUCUGAAGUAACUGGAGACUGUACCUCAAUGGUGGCCUAGCGAUGAGCAGCACGUUGGAUUGUCCUUCUGGGUGCAAGGUCGAGCAGAAAAGAGACAUUGGCACAGAAAAGCUAGAGAAUAAUAAAAACAAAGCCAAGCAAGAGUGUGGGAUGGGGAACCAGAACAGAAAACUCUGGGAAUCACAGGGACUGCUGUUCCAUGAGGUCAGUCUAGAAAGAUUAGGGGAGAAUCCUGUGCGGCUAUUGGACAAACCGGUGGGCCAGGCUACUGUGGGUGUGUUAGUGCCACAUAUCACAUUAACACACUCCAUGGUCACCCAUACACUUAUAGCUAAUUACUACAUGGAUGUGCAAGCCCCCAAAACACUGCCACUAUCUGGAGACAUGCAGUAGAAGGAAUUGCAAUAGUUAAGUGACCACUCUGAGUUAGCCAGUGUGGGCAGUGUAAACUAGAAGAGUGAAGCAAGCUGACACAUAAAAUGGGUAGCUAAGAUACAGAGUGGGCAAGAGCUGGCCAGAUGAGGGGGGGCACAGCAUACCACAAUAAAGAAUAACGUUCUGAAGAUGGACAUUUUGGCCUCAUUCUUCAUGUGUUACUGAUAAGUUGCAUCAGCUGUAUGUGCCAGCAAAGAUGGACUGCAGUGUGUUAACAAUGGCACAGAGACCCUCCAUGUCACUGCUCAUCUGGAGGUGGAGGUCAGCAGGCUAAGGCACUGCCCUUCAGUUUCUCAACACCAGCGCAGACUUUACAUUAUUUUUACUACAAAUGUACAAAUCUGACAGCUCUGACUGUUGCCACAUUUCUGUAACUGGGGCUGCAGCCAGGGUCAGUGCUGAAGUGCUAAGAUGGUAACCUUUUGUUUUACAGUGUCAGUGCCCUGGGCUGGGAGCAUCAUGGGCUUUUUUCAUGGACAGGUUUGGAACUUUUCAGGUCAAAAUGGUUUAUUCACAAACAUUCUACACCGUAGAGGCGGUGGCUGCGCAAAAUUGUGUUCUGAAGUUAAUCGCUUUCUAUAAAUUAAAAAAAAAUAUAUAUCUUAGCCCGCACUGGUGCUUUACAAUGGAGGGUAUGGGGCACAGAGGAAAACCUUAAAAAAAUGACCAGACACACACAGUUGUUGUGUACUGAUCACAGUCUAGGAUUACACAAACCUUGUAAAAUAGUCUAGAUGUAUCAUUUUUUGAAUAAAAACAACCCAAUAUUAUGAGAUGCAGCCAUUUUUUUGAAAGAAGACCAGUCAUGUGUGAUAACUCAGCACUUAGUAUUCACCCCUCAAAUGACGAAAUCACAGUAAACGCUUCAUGCCAUGGGGCUGGCUUGGUUUAGUUUUACUUCUGUCCUUAUGGGAGAAUUCACACGAGUGAACCACGAAUAUGUGAUACAAUUAAUAUUUCCAGAUCCUUUUUGUUGUCACAAACAUGCAUUGGAAACACGGAAGGCGCGAAUCAAUACUCAACCGGUGUCUUGGCUUGAAAAAAGGGCACAUUAGGUACAUUUUUCACAGUCUCCUCUGUGCCCCGUACCCUCUAUUGUAAAGCGCCAGAGCGGGACACACACACACACACACACAUAUAUUAAUUUAUAGAAAGCAUUUAACUUUAGAACACAAUUUUGUGUGACAAAUACAUCACCAGCAUGUUUGUGAAGAAAUAACUUUAGACUUAAAAACUACUUAAGAACUCGGAUCGGUCAUUAAUAACAUAACACCUUUCACACUAGCACUCAGGCCCUGGUUAAAAUAUCCUCGCUCAAUUUUAAAAGUUCAGAGACGUCUGCUCAGGAUUUAGUCAGCUAAAGCAGUCAAGACUGACGCCUACAAAGUCACACAGGAUGCUUACUUAGCUGCACACAGAAGCAGAAGCUCUCACUUCACUAAAUGCAACCAAAGACUGACAAUGCAUCGAUGAAAUGACACUCGGAUGAAGAUCUGUGGCCUGGGCUGCCACCUUCCACCUGCUUUACACGUCGUUCUUCUUUACAGUCGUCCACCGCGUUAUUACAUUACAAACAUUUAAACACUUGAGGAAUGUCCCCUCCACUUGCCAGCAUUGAGUGAAAGGAGCCAUAGAGGAAAAGUUUGGGAUUUUUGAAGUCAAAAGUUAUUCAUUCACAGUCAUACUAAAUAUUAAUUUGCCACAUUGAACUGUGUUCUGAAGUGAAGGUUAUUUUAUUUAUUUUAAAAAUACUUUGUUCUUGGAGCUUACAUAUGUACUGCAGGGUACCAGGAUCUGUAGGUGAAUGAAAAAGCCUUAAAACUUCAUACAUCCGCUUUGAAGCGGCAAACAGUUGAACUACAGAAAACAUGCCUUCCACACU